UGUUAAACUAAAACUUGUCUGACCAUAUUAAGACACUUGCUCUGUUGUAAAAUUAUUACGAAUUUUAUCGAAGUUGUAACGUAUCCUAAAAAGGAAUUUAAUCACAGAUCUUUAUUUUUUUAUAUCAAUCUCGAAAAAAACAUUUUUUUUUACUCUUUUUUUUUGUAAUUUAUUUUACGUGUGAAUGUAACUGACAAUUAGCAUUUUUAAAUUUUGGAAUAAAUGAAUAAAAUUACACGCACACUCAUAUGCUCAAGAGUUUACAAUCAAAUUUCUUACCAAUUACGUUUAAAUAUUUAAAAAUACUCAUAAUAAAAAAAUAUGAUGAAUGUUUUAAGAUAUUCACGUUUUAAUAUAAUUUCUGGCACAAAAUCUUUUGCUAAUUAUGUACAAGGUCAAUCUCCAGCGCCUAAUAUACGAGAAUAUUUUUAUUUCAUCAAUCAUCAAGGGAUGUUAUUUUUAGAUGAUGCUCGUAUAAAAAAUUUUACGUCAUGUUUUAAAGAAAAAAAAUUUCUCACUUUUUUCUUUAAAAGGCUAAAGAUAAAUGAUUCGAAUCGAUAUGCUAAUGAGUUUCCAUAUUUAUCGUUGUGUGGUAGAGAAAAAAAUUAUGUAAGUUGUGAUGAUUUGCCGAUUGUCUUUACUCAUGUAAUUAAAAAUAAAAACGAUGAUUAUUUUCUAAGCUACGGCUACGCUGAAGAUUCUCUAGUGGUACCGUUUCAUCCACAUAAAAUAUUUAUGAAUAUUAAAACUGGUAGAGUUUAUCACCCGGGUCCACUAACAGCAAAUGGAAUUGGACUACUGAAAUCAAAGCUUGCUAUUGAAUUCAGUUCACGUUUUAAAUUUGAAAAUGGUGAAAAUCAAGGCCCUACACAUUUUAAUUGGGAAGGAACAGAAUAUAUUCUUGAUAAUCAAUGGUAUCAAGAUAAACUUCAUCUGUUGAAGAAUGAAAUUAACGACUAAUUUUUUAUCGAAAUAAUCAUUUAAUUUUUUAAAGUAAUUAUUAUUUGAAAUAUUACAAUAAACUUUUUCAAAAGAUUAACUUCCGAGUUACUUCUUUUUGAAAUUUAGCUUUCUAGGAUUUUUUCUUUACACGCAGUAAAAAAUAUUGUGAUAAAAUGGACAUAAUCAGAGAUCAGAAGAUCUGACAGAAUUGCAGCGAAAUUCAUUGCAACUUCUCGAUUACAAUCUUCGAGCAUUCAUUUGUAAUCUCCGCAAUUCAACUCUGGAGAGAAUUAUCAAUUGAAGUCACAGAAUCACUCAGCCUAGACGCCUUCAAAAGUUAUGCUUUUGAAUUUUUUGUGAAACUGGAAAAAGUUAGUAUACUGUAAAUAUGAACCUGGCCACUUGAAAUUUGUGCUGCUAAUUUGUUCCCUGAUUAAAAAAGUGAAUUGAAAAGUAUUGAAAAUUAUUUCAAUUCUUUUCGAUCCCUCGGCGGUUUUGGAAAGUAUUGAAUGGAAUUGAAAUUUCGAGCAUUUGAAUACUUUCUAAUUCUUAAAAUGGAAUUCAAAAGUAUUGAAAAGAAUUCAAUCUUUCAUCAUUUCAAUACCUUCCAAUAUGGAAUUAUUUAGGUAUUGAGAAGGAUUCAGGAAGAUUCAAAAAUUUCAAUUCAUUUCAAUCUUUUUCAAUCCCACACAUGACCCGAAAUAUAGGAUUAUUUAGGUAUUGAGAAGGAUUCGGAAAGAUUCAAAAAUUUCAAUUCAUUUCAAUCUUUUUUAAUCCCACACUUGAUCCGAAAUGUCGGAUUAUUUAGGUAUUGAGAAGGAUUCAGAAAGAUUCAAAAAUUUCAAUUCAUUUCAAUCUUUUUCAAUUCCUCGGAAGUUCAGAAAUUCUUUUAUUAUUUUGGGAUUGAAAAGUAUUCAUUUUAUGUUAAAAUGAAAACCUUGGGGUAUAGAAAGUAUUCGAAAGGAUUCAUUUCUCAUCUUUUUCAAUACUUUUCAAUUCACUUUUUUAAUCAGGGUUACAACAUUUACUUAAAUUUUAACCAUUUAAAUAUGCAAGCAUUUAAAUUUACCUUCUUAAACCCUAUUAUUUUUAUUCCUAAAUGGUUAGAUAUUGUUCUCUUUUUUAUCAUUAGUAUAUUACAAGGUUUAUACUGACUAUAUAUAACAGAGAGAAAAAUCUCGCGUAAUCGGUCUAGGCUCGAAUCUUAGGUAUGGUAAAAUUAUUCAUUUAAAAACAAACGUUUGUUAAGAUUCAAAACUUAUCUGAACACUAUUAAAUAAAAAGACAUGUCUCGUAAUAUUUUUUUGACAAAAUCAAAUUUUCUUCUCAGUAUUAAGCAAGUAAAUAAAUUACUUGGCACUAUUUAAGUAACUAGAGUACUUAAGCAUUUUUUUUUUAAAUAUAAGGUAAAUGUCCCAAUACCGGAACGACGAAGGGCAUACGACUGAUUUUUAUCGUUUUAAAAAAUAUUCAAAUAGAUUAUAAACCAAAAUAAUUUAUUACAUCAUAUAGAAUAGACAUUUUACUAUUCAAAAAUAAUCAAAUUAGUUCAUUUUUCUUAAAUUUAAUAUAAAAAAAAAUUUUUUUUCUAUGAUACCCAAAAGACCCAAUACCGGAACGCUGAAAUAGCCUUGUCCCAAUACGGGAAUUCGGUUGUCCUAAUCCCGGAACAGUAAAUAAAAUGAGUUAUUUUUUGCAUUUAUUCAUAAUGAAAAUAUUAAUAAUUAUUAAAUAAUAUUAAUGUAAAACGAGUGUGGAUGUAGCAGACAUCGGACAACUUUAAAAUUAUAAAUAAAUAAGAUAAAUAAUGUAAAAAUAAUAUUUAUAAAAAAAAGGACUAUUAAUUUCUAAAUUUUUUGAAUGCGCAUUUUUUGAAAUUUUAUUCCAUUAAU